AUGGGCGUCGUGGUGAGGAAAUCCUCGACGGUGGUCGUGAGGCCACCACCGGAGCCGAUGACGGCCACCGUCAACAUCAACCUCUCGCCUUUGGACAAGAACGUCAUGUCCGUGCCAGCGGCGGUGUUCAUGGUGUUCGACGGUCGGAUCCCCGAACCUGCCGCGACCAUAGAGAGGGCUCUGUCCCAAGCUCUAGCCCACUACUCCCCAGUCUCAGGCCGCCUCGCUGCCGGAGCCGAGCAGGGCGAGUUCCACAUCAGGUGCACCGGCGAGGGCGUCCCGUUCGUGGCCGCGGCCGCGGACUGCGCUCUCAAGGACGCCGAGUUCUUCGGCCGGUCGGUGGCCGGCGCGCUGCUGGAGGAGCUGGCCAUCUACUACCCGGCCGAGCACUGCGGUUUCGGUGACCCUCUGCUCAUGAUGCAGGUCACCGAGUUCUCCUGCGGCGGCUUCGUCGUCGGGGUAACGUGGAACCACGUCGUCGCCGACGCGGCCGGGAUCGGCCAGUUCCUGCAGGCCGUCGGCGAGCUCGCGCGCGGGCUGCCGUCGCCGUCCGUGGCCCCGGUGAGGUGGGACGACGCGCUGACGGCGGUGCCUCCGCCCGCCGACGGCUUCGUGGAGCUGAUGAUGACGCUCCAGCCGGCCGACAUGGCCGCGCUCGACGUCACCGUGCCAUGGGGCCUAAUCGACCGCAUCAAGGAGAGCUCCAACGCCAGCGGAUCAUCAAGGUCAAGGCCGCCGUGCACGACGUUCGAGGCGGUGACCGCGCUGCUGUGGCAGUGCCGCACCCGCGCGGUGGGGCUGUCGUCCAGCCCGGAGGAGCCCGUGGCGCUCUACUUCGCGGUGAACGCGCGCGUCUUUGUUUUUCGAUUCCAUCCACGGAAUUAA